AUCGGCCCUGAUAAAUGCCGAAGAAUCGAAUCGCGUCGUAUUUUAUAAGUCAUUGCAGGAAUUAUUUUUUAGCUAUUGCUUUAAUGUCUAUCCUAUAAUACCACAAACCAAUUGCACAACUGAUUUAACUAAUUUAGUUGUUAGGCGUGCUUUUCGUUGUUUUUGUAUUAUAAUAAGACGCACGGCAUGGAAACUUCUGAACAAGAAAAAACCGGAGGCAACGACGCCGCGAGCUUAUUUGAAACUCUCGAGAAGACAACAACAGAGCUGGUCGCAAAGACAGUGGUGGAGGAAAUUCGAGAUUCAAAUCCUGACGUGACCAAUUUGGAAACAGUAUUGCCAGAAAAGUGCAAGAGCAAGUCGCCAUCUCCGGCACCCAAGGAUGAUGGCAAAAAUGACGAUGAGGCCAUAACCGCCCGUUCGCGUAGUCGCAGUCGCAGUGGAUCCAGGAAGAGUGUAUCCCGCUCGCGAAGUGGAUCACUGCGGUCACGCAGCGGUUCGGCUCAUUCGGCUGGUUCCCAGCGUUCACGAAGUCGUUCCAAGCAAUCCUUGAAUGGUUCUCGGCGGUCCCGUAGUGGAUCUGCCCGUUCCCGCAGUGGAUCCCAGCAUUCUGGUGCAGCUCCGAGUUCGCCAACUGGCUCCAGACGUUCUCGUAGUGGCUCCAGACGUUCCCGCAGUGGCUCUAGGCGCUCCCUUAGUGGAUCUAAAAGAUCCCGUAGUGGGUCCAAACGAUCUCGCAGUGGCUCUAGACGAUCACGCAGUGGUUCCAGACGGUCCCGCAGUGGCUCCAAGCGAUCCCGCAGUGGCUCAAGACGAUCCCGCAGUGGAUCACAUCGCUCCCGUAGCAGAUCUGGCUCCAGGCGCUCCAGCCGAUCUCGGAGCGGCUCAAGACGUUCGCGAAGUGGUUCGGGGUCUAGACGAUCUCGCAGUGGAUCCGGAUCACGGCGUUCUCGAAGUGGCUCCAGGCGCUCCCGUAGUGGUUCUAGGCGCUCCCGUAGUGGCUCCAGGCGUUCACGAAGUGGAUCGGCGCGUUCUCGUAGCGGAUCUCACCGUUCUCGCAGUGGUUCGCGGCGUUCGCGCAGUGGAUCCGGCUCGAGGCGAUCUAGAAGUGGAUCACGGCGUUCACGCAGUGGAUCCGCACGCUCUAGGAGCGGAUCUAGGCGCUCUCGAAGUGGAUCCAGGCGUUCUAGAAGUGGAUCCAGGCGCUCUAGGAGUGGGUCUCGACGUUCCAGGAGUGGAUCCAGGCGAUCGAGGAGUGGUUCUAGGCGAUCUAGGAGUGGAUCUAGGCGGUCAAGAAGCAGAUCGAGGAGUGGAUCUAAGCGAUCUAGAAGCGGAUCCAGGCGAUCACGAAGCGGAUCUAGGCGGUCUAGAAGUGGUUCCCGUUCGCGUAGUCGAUCCAAUAGUGCUGCUUCUCAAAAGGGAGCUCGAUCCCGGUCCGGCAGUGCUAUUUCCCAGAAUGGAGCUAGGCGCAAAAGAUUAGCUAUUAGUGAUUCCGAAGACGAAGAACCGAAGGUGGCUAAGAAACGCGCAAAAAUUACCGACACGGACAACGAGGAGGAAGAAGGCGAGAAUAAUGGGCUCGGCAAAGAGAAGUCACAAGACAAAAUCACAGAAAGUUCAGACGAUGAGAACACGCCAAUUUCAAAUGAACCAGAUAGCAGCAACUUUAUUUCAGACUUUGAUGCAAUGCUUCUGAGAAAGAAGGAAGAGAAGCGAGUGCGUCGUCGCAAGCGAGAUAUCGAUCUGAUCAAUGACAAUGAUGAUCUGAUCGAUCAGCUUAUUAUUAGUAUGAAGAACGCCUCGGAUGACGACAGAGAACUGAAUAUGAUGGGUAAACCGGCUACAAAGAAAAUUUCAAUGCUAAAACAAGUGAUGUCACAGCUCAUUAAGAAGCACUUACAGCUCGCCUUCUUGGAACACAAUAUACUCAAUGUACUUACAGAUUGGUUAGCGCCCCUGCCAAACAAAAGUCUGCCCUGUCUUCAGAUACGCGAGAGUAUUCUUAAACUCUUGUCAGAUUUUCCUACCAUAGAAAAGGGACUCUUAAAACAGUCGGGCAUCGGCAAGGCUGUCAUGUACUUGUACAAACAUCCUCAGGAGACAAAGACGAAUCGCGAUCGAGCUGGUCGCCUGAUUUCCGAAUGGGCCCGCCCGAUAUUUAACCUCAGCUGCAAUUUCUCAGCCAUGAGCAAAGAGGAGCGGCAGGAACGUGAUUUAGCGCAAAUGUCUCGCCAUCGCCAUAAAAGUGUAGAACCAGAACCAGCCUCCUCCAGUCAAGCCCAAACCCUGAAUCAGACGUUGUCCAAUGAGGACAAGCUGCUUCGACCUGGAGAUCCUGGCUGGGUGGCACGCGCUCGUGUUCCCAUGCCCUCCAAUAAGGAUUAUGUCAUCCGCCCUAAGUCCACAGUCGAGGGUGAAAUCUCCACGACAACAAAGCGGAAACCAAACCGAUACGAAAAGCAUAUGAAACGUUUCUUGGACUCAAAGCGCCUGAAGGAGAGCCGCAGGGCCGUCGAGAUAUCUAUCGAGGGUCGCAAGAUGGCACUGUAAGCGGCAUACUAGCUAACUUUAAUAAAUAAUUGUAAUAAAAAUGAAAUCAAAUGGCACGAAUUGAAAUCCAAAUCAUAGAACAAAAUUAAAGAAUAUAUUUUUGAAUAUAAUUAAAAAUGAAA